GUCGGGUACGCGGUGGGAGGAGCCUGAGGCGGGCACAUUUAAAGAAAGGCAGAGGGCGAAAGAAGGCAAGAGAGAAGAAGAAAGAGAAACCAGGGGGCGAGGCGCCGUCCAAUGACAAAGCCCAGGGGUGGGCGCCGGCCGCCAUCUUGUACCGGGCGGCAGGAUCUUCACCCGCGUCCUCCGCCCUCGGAGGGGGAGGGGCGGCGGCGGAGGCGAGAAAAGUAGCUAGAGACGCGCCGAGCGGGAGGCGCCAGCAGCGGCCGCAGCCGCGGAGCCGAACGCGGGCGGUGACGGCGGCGGCGGGACCCGGCGAGCGCGGGCGGCCCCGAGCGGCCUCCGAUGCGGCGCAGCGUGAAGAGGCAGCGGCGCCGGCCCCCGGCGGCCCCGGCCCCGGCCGCCUGGGGCGGCGGCUUUAGAGCGGGAGGAGGGGCCGGGCUGGAGGCGCGGGAGGAGAAGGUCGUGUACUCGCGGUCGCAACUGUCUCUGGCCGACAGCACCAAGGCGCUGGGCGACGCCUUCAAGCUGUUCAUGCCGCGCAGUACGGAGUUCAUGAGCUCGGACGCGGAGCUCUGGAGCUUCCUCUGCAGCCUCAAGCACCAGUUCUCCCCGCACAUCCUGCGCAGCAAGGACGUCUACGGCUACUCCUCCUGCCGGGCUCUGGUCCCCGACCCCCCAGUAAACCCUGCCGCCCGUGGCCAGACGCGCAGGCCGGCCCAGGGCGCCGCGGCCAGAAGGAGGCGCCGCGGAGCCCGGGCGCCCGCCGUCCGCCGGAGGAAGCCCCCGCCGCCGCCGCCGCCGGCCCUCGAGGAGAGCUGCCCCACAAAGCCCGCGGCUCCGGAGCCCUGCUUCGGGGGCCGCACGCUGGAGGAGAUCUGGAGGGCGGCCACCCCGACGCUGACCACCUUCCCCACCAUCCGCGUCGGCGGCGACGUGUGGGGCGAGCGCAGCCUGGCGGCUGCGCGGCGCCGGGCGCGCCAAGUCCUGCGAGUGAACCUGGAACCCGUGGUGAGGCUCCGCCGCUUCCCGGUGCCCCGGGCGUGAGACGCGGCCCGCGUAGCCCUCCCAGCCUGGGACCGAGCUCCCGCUCGGAGGGAUGGACUAGUGUCAGUCAAGUGUUUACAGAUCCGGCCAAGACCCCGUCCCCUCGUGCACUUUACGGGCGAAGAUGUCACCGGAUGGUUUUCCCCGGCCCGCGGCGCCGCCGUCUGGGACCCGGGGACA